AAAAUUCAAAGUUACUGAAAAAACACGGCAGCUUUUAGUUAAAACUAAAAAGAAUAAAAGAAAAUGGAAAUGGAAAACAGUAUAUAGAGCCACUCUUUCUAAUGUUUCCAAACCUCAAUCUACGCUCUCUACCAACUCUUCGGCCUUCACUUCCAAUCAAAUUUCACUCAAAAAACUAGGGUUUUACUACUCGUUGGCCUUCACACCCUGCUUGUUAGGUUUCAGAUUCUAGGAGUAAUUAUGUCGUUGAGACCCAACGCCAGAACUGAGGCUCGCAGGAACCGUUACAAGGUUGCUGUCGAUGCCGAUGAAGGUCGACGGAGGAGAGAGGACAACAUGGUGGAGAUCCGGAAGAACAAGCGCGAAGAGAGCUUGCAGAAGAAGCGCCGCGAAGGUCUCCAGGCUCAGCAAUUUCCUGCCACUGCACUUUCUUCUGCUGCGGAAAAGAAGUUAGAAAGCUUGCCUUCGAUGGUUGCUGGCGUUUGGUCUGAUGAUAAUAACUUGCAAUUGGAAGCCACCACUCAAUUCAGAAAACUGCUUUCAAUCGAAAGAAGCCCGCCUAUUGAGGAAGUUAUACAAUCUGGGGUUGUUCCUAGAUUUAUUGAGUUUCUUGUGAGGGAAGAUUUUCCUCAACUUCAGUUUGAGGCUGCUUGGGCGCUCACAAAUAUUGCCUCUGGAACCUCAGAGCACACAAGGGUAGUAAUUGAUCAUGGUGCAGUUCCAAUAUUCGUGAAGCUUCUUGCCUCCCCCAGUGAUGAUGUUCGGGAGCAGGCUGUCUGGGCAUUGGGAAAUGUUGCUGGUGACUCCCCAAAAUGCCGUGAUCUUGUUCUCAGCCAUGGAGCACUGCUUCCAUUGCUGGCACAGUUGAAUGAGCAUGCAAAACUUUCAAUGUUGAGGAAUGCAACCUGGACACUAUCAAACUUCUGCAGAGGCAAGCCACAACCUCCAUUUGAACAGGUGAGGCCUGCAAUUCCCGCACUUGAGCGUCUUGUGCAUUCUGCUGAUGAAGAAGUUCUAACUGAUGCCUGCUGGGCACUUUCCUAUCUUUCUGAUGGUACAAAUGACAAAAUCCAAGCUGUGAUUGAGGCAGGUGUCUGUCCUCGGCUUGUUGAGCUCCUUCUCCAUCCAUCUCCUUCAGUGCUUGUUCCUGCCCUUCGCACAGUUGGAAAUAUUGUGACAGGGGACGACAUACAGACUCAGUGUGUAAUAAGCUAUGGUGCACUUCCAUACCUUCUAAGUCUAUUGACCCAUAAUCAUAAAAAGAGCAUUAAGAAAGAAGCUUGCUGGACCAUCUCAAACAUUACAGCUGGAAACAAAGAACAAAUUCAGGCUGUAAUUGAGGCUGGUUUAAUUGCCCCGCUGGUUAAUUUGCUUCAAAAUGCUGAGUUUGAUAUAAAGAAAGAAGCUGCUUGGGCGAUUUCAAAUGCUACCUCUGGUGGAACUAAUGAGCAAAUUAAGUACUUGGUGAGUCAAGGGUGCGUAAAACCAUUGUGUGAUCUCCUUGUCUGUCCUGAUCCAAGGAUUGUCACUGUAUGUCUUGAAGGGUUAGAGAACAUUCUGAAAGUUGGGGAAGCCGAAAAGAACUUGGGAAACAGUGGAGAUGUUAAUAUGUAUGCCCAGUUGAUUGAUGAUGCUGAAGGAUUAGAAAAGAUUGAAAAUUUACAGAGUCAUGACAAUACUGAAAUUUAUGAGAAGGCUGUGAAGGUUCUUGAGACCUAUUGGCUGGAGGAAGAUGAUGAGACAUUGCCUACAGGUGAUGGCUUCCAACAAGGAUUCCACUUUGGUGGAAAAGAUCCCUCAGUUCCAUCCGGUGGAUUCAAUUUCAGUUGAAGGUAUGUACCAUUCACUUCAAGCUACAGAAAAUCCACUUGACUGUAACUGUGUUUUUGAAUUAUUAAAUUAUUAACCUUAAAUUAUUAAAAGUUGAGUUUUGGUCUUGCUUAUUAACCUUUUAAACUUGAAAUGGUCUGGCUGUAUUUAGAGUGGAAGAAGAAUUGACUAGUUGUGUAAUUCUUUUCUUGUGUGAUUAUCCAGUCAAUGAUUAUUUUAUUUUAUUUUCAUA